AUGAAAGGCAAAACUCUUAGCUCUCAAUCACGGGGCUUGGUACUAUUCUUGCUAUUACCAUUGUUAGCUGUCCAAGAGAGGGUGGCUCGGGCACUAAGUAUCAGUUUGUCCACUAUUACCAGAAUACAGCGCCGUUUAUCAUCUAAUGAUAAUGUCCUAAGAUCACCUGGAAAGAAGAGACCCAGAAAAAAGUCUAAGACAACAGAUUUAUCUCAUGCAGUCAGGCAUAAUAUACGAGAUACAGUGUAUCAAAUGUAUAGUGAAAGUAAUGAUGAUGAGCAGAAACAUGUCACAAUAGUAAAUUUGAAUAAAACGCUUAAAGAGAAAGAGCUUGCUUCUAUCAGCAAUAGCUCUUUACAAAGAGUGCUGCCCACCAUAGGCUUUAAAUAUAAAAAAGAUGGUAAUAGAAGAUUUCUAGUUGAGCAAUCCAGUAUUGCUUUACUUCGCACCAAAUUUUUGAGAAGUUAUAAUGACUAUAAUCAAUUGGUCGUUUUAAUGGAGCUGAUACCAAUGUAUUAUUAUGAUUUUGGUAAGAACUCUAGGGACUCAACAAUAUUGGAUGAAAAAUAG